AUGAAUGAUAGUAACACGUAAUCGGAUUGGAUUCAGUUAAAUCUACAUUUCUCAAGGUAUCUAACAUCGAGAUUUGAAAUACCUUUCAUGUAAAAACCUUUCUUUGUCAUGUGACUUGUAUAUAUUCGUGUAUAUGUACCUUCGCAUUCUUGCACAAUGGCACAAGCAACGUGGUCUCUUUCUGUAAAAAAUAGCACUCUUUAUUUCAGCCACAGCAAAGAUCCCGAACCACGUGCAGUCAGCAAAGUUACAGCGUCUGGUUACCGUCUUGCAGUUACGAUACAGCUUCAUGACAGUGUGGACAUUGAGUGCCCCCUACACAAAUAUGCAGUCACUGACAACUUAUGGAGUGACCUGUACAAAACAGAAGAUGCAGACGACUUCCUGGAGACACUUGACAUGCUGAUGAGUGUAUAUAAUGUUGAAUAUGAAGGAGCUGUUUCGGCUGCCAAACCAGGGGACAUACCCUGCAUAUCACUGGCAGAGACCUCCCCAGCAGGCAUUUCACAACCUUCACCCAACAGCUGGUAAAAGUGAGACAGCCCUUCUUUGCAGUGCAGAUACUAAAUGGAGGAAACAGUGCCAGGCAGCAGUGAAACCAACAGAGACAUCACGUCACCGUUUUGGUGGUUGUUUCAAAGUUCAGCUAGCAGUAGCUACGAUGUCAGACAGAUGUUAUCGUCUCAUCCUUGAUAUUAUGGAAUUAUUCAGCCUUGGUAAACUUAAGGAACAAAAGAACACAAAGGUCAACACCUGUCUUUUCUUGGAGACUGCUUCAUUUAAAGAUGAGGCAACCCUUUAUAGGAAGCUAAUAGAAUUUAGAAAUGGUGAAAUCUCCAAAGAAGAGUUCAACAAUCAACUUAAACAGAUUAAACAAGAAAACAAGGGAACUGGAAACAAUCAGGAGGCAGCUGCUGAAGUAUUAGUGCUGCAAGAACAACUGAAAGAGAAGGACAUUUUGAUUCAGGAGCUGAGGAAACAACCAAGUUCUAAGACAGGAACUGGAUAAAAUGGAAAUGGAGAAAUCACAGCAGCCUCGAAGAUGUCAGGAUCAGGAGAAAUCACAGGAAAUACGAAGAUUGCCUGAGCUGGAUGUUUAUGCAUUCAGUGAUGAUGACCUGGACCUACAAGGGACCCUAGUUCGGGGGUUACUCCAUGAGGAAUCAGCACAGGAACAUCAUGAGAAUCUACCCAUCAUGGAAUGCCAGGAUCUUCCAAUUCCACAUUCAAGUUCAAGGCUUAGAAGCAUGAGGAAAACAGGAUCUGACAAGGCAUCUAGAAUUGUUCAAACUGAGAAAAUGGUUGAGACAUACUUGCAAAGGAGGCGGCACAAUAAAAAGAUGUCCCCCUGCAAAUUCAAUGUUGGCAUGAUUGUGGAGGCAUUGGAGGAGGAUGGCUUUUGGUAUAAAGCUAAAGUAUUAUCGGUCCAAAAGGAGAAAAUGAAAAUACAUUGGACUGGCUACAACUACGACGAGUGGCAAUCAGCAAGCAAGAUUAGGUUAGAGUUAAAGAAAGGUGACGAAGUAGAGGCCCCAUGGCUGGUGCACAGAGCAGAUAGGUACCCUGGUCAUGUGGAGCGCAUUGAUGGAGAAUAUGUGCACAUAGCGUUCAAUGACCAGACAAAUUAAAGAAUUUUCAAGACCCAUCCCGAAAAAAUCACCUCACCCAAGAAAAUGUGACUCAUUCAUGAGAAUGAAAAGUGCAAAGUCUCCCAAGGAAUUGAAUUGCAUGUGAAUAAAUAAUUUUUUGAAAGAUCUCACAAAAUUAGUUUUAUUUUUUUGCCUGUAAUCA